AUGCCGCCAUCCAACACUUUCAUUGCAAUUCCAGUAGUGGGCUGUGAUGCACCUGAGGUCAUCCAGCAGAAUAAUGACAUGUGUAUAAACUCAAGAACAAUGUUUGAAGAUUGGAAUUUUAAGAGGCUCUUCCGAGAAAUGCCUAUUCGGCACGAGGAAUCUCUAGGCUGUUACCGGCCUGAUACGUGUUACUCCUUUCUAAGGCUUCUCAAAAUGUCGCACAUUCCUAUGCCUAAUGACCUCUAA